CGCCGUUGCAGUUCAAACAAGAGCUAGUCGUCGAGUCACAUCUUCUGAAUCAUCUUGAGUAAAUUGGUGUUAAGUGUUACGUCGGAUUACUCGUAACAGGAUGUGCGCAAUAAGCUUGGUACUAUUAAUACCAAUUAUAUUUCGAGAUUACGGUACUCACUAACUGACGCGUAUUAUUCGCGCCAUUACCGCUGCCGCCGUCGCCGCCACCGCCGCCGCCGCCGCCGCCAUGUCGCCGCUCGCCCGCUCGCUGCUCGCGCUCGCCGCGCUGCUCGCCGCCGCCGACGCCGUUUGCACUUCAAACGUACAUGGAAAUGACACGGACCAUGUGGAACUUUUAGGACCAUUUGAAGUUUCUAGUUUAGAUUCUGAAAAGGGAAAAGUUAUUGACAUUCAAGACUCGUGCAGCUUCGGUAAACCAGUAGGCGUGACAAUAAACGCGUGCAACAGCCACUCCAGCCGAAGGUUCUCCGACGGGCCGCCGCCGCGGCUCAGCUCCAACAUGACGCAAGCGACAGUGCAGUGCGAGCCUCGAGCGUGCCCCGCCGGGGUCCACGUGCAGAUUAUACAGUAUUGUGAUUCUGGGAAAUAUAUUACUAGACCAUAAACGUUA